UUUAUUGAGCAGAUUCAUUUGUUGAUAGCAUAAUCGUGAAGAAGCUCAAACAAAAUUUCUGAAAAAUGAUUAAAAAAAUUAACGAAAAAGUAAAACAAACCCAGGAAUCCAGUGAAAGUGAUAAAAGCACGCGAAGUAUAAAGUCGUUCUUUAGUAUAGGUUUCCUCCAAUCGAAUGGAAGGCUUUUUCCCAGUUCAUGCAGGUCUUUUUUUUUUCAUUUUUUUUUUUCUUAAUCUCUGGUGCACGGAGACAGACGAAUAAAAUAUUAUGUUUUGAGAGUGCAGAAGCCAUGUUUAAAGCUAUAAACAGGUUCGAAGUUUGAAUGUAGCCGAUAGUGAUAGCCGUAGGGGCUUGGAGAGUUCUGCAUAAAAAGCCAGAAAUAUGUAUUACUUUUCAGACGAUGACUUCAUCGACAUGGAAGUCAGCUCAUACUCGAACUUCCUAUGCCAUUCUGUUAGCUCCCCUCCGCACAACAGAGAGUUUGAGUUCCAAAUGUCUUCCAGCUCUCAAGAAAGAGAGCAUACAACUUCCCCAGCUGAUCAGCUCUUCUACAAAGGAAAGCUCCUUCCUCUUCACUUUCCCCCACGUUUGCAAAUGGUAGAAAAACACCUGCAAAGCUCCGGCUCUGCUUGUGAUACAAGAAAAGAUAUCUUUGAAGAAUGCUAUAGCACUCCAUUAAACACUACUGCCCCACCAACACCCACUUCUCAUACCCCAUUUGAAUCCUGCAAUAUCUCACCCUCAGAAUCUUUCCGGGUUACUAGAGAUCAGUUGAGCCUAGAUGAGUAUAUCUCGGACAGUUUAACUGAAGUCAGUGGGUUCAUUGGUGAAAACCCAAAGAAGUCUUGGACCAAAAAGCUCAAGCACUCCUUGCUUGGUUUAAAGCAGAAGGCUUCCAGGGUUUACCUCAAUUCUAUUUUCAGUAAAUCUGGUAGUUCACGUGAGCCCUGCACAACGGCUACGAAGGAUGCAGAUGAAGGAUCGAUUUCAAAAGCCAAGAAAUACAUGAAUAACUAUAUAAAAGAGUCGAACAAAACCCCGUUGGGACAAAUUCAGAAGGAUAAAUGCUCGACAUCAAAAAGCAUCAUAAGGAGCAUUGACAAAGACAAUGACGCUAAGAAUGGCGUCGGUCGCCAUAGGAGAUUGCUGUCAGUGGUUAUCAAACGCCAUUCAACAAACAAGUCUUCAUCCUCAUCUGUCUCUUCUUCAUCUUCAAGCUCAAGCAAUUCAGAUGGGUUCCAUGAGUUGCAAUUUCUCAAGAGAUGCAGCAGCGCAAGUUCAGAUAUCGAGAUAUCAAUUCAAGGAGCAAUUGCUCAUUGCAAGGAGUCUCAGCAGCUGUUCCACUCCAGGAAAACUGUUAGUGAAGUUGGGUUUUACUGAUUGCUGCCAACUUCCAGGAUUGCAGUUCAUGAAAGAAAGGCAGACCUUUGCGCGGGGGGGGGGGGGACAAGGAGUACGAUGUUUUAAUUGGUUAAUGAUGUUUUCUUACCCUUUUUUCCUUUCAUAAUCUUGAUUUUCGCCAUGCUCUGAUCCAAGACUAGAUCUAUGGCUUUUUAGACAAUUUAGACCAGAACAUCAAGUCAACGUUUGUGAAAAAUUGAAAAAAAAUAAAAAGCUCCCUUCCUCAAAAUAAGUUGUAAGGAAUAAAAAUGAAUGAGGUUCUUCAUGUAGAUUAGAAGCCUUUCACUCAGUUAGAUUUUUUUUUUUUUUUUUUAUAUAUGUCGGGGAACCUCUCCAAGGCAGAGCCCUUCGGACCCAGCCCUUGCAGAGUAAAUUUUGAUCUCGUGCAUUGCACCCUCGGAAGUUUUUUUUACACAGAAUUAGUUAAAUCGCUAGUUUUUCACUCGAGAAUAUAAUCCCAAAAGAUUGUUUGUACCUGUGAUGUGUUAAACCUUGAAAUGAGUGAUAUCCCAAUACUAAAGCCUUCACCACUUGGGCCAACUCCUUCGGGUUGUUAGAAUUUAACAAUCUAAGGUUGAUUGAUCGGGAGAUUACACAUAAAAUCUUCUUUUAUGCACAAACUGUUUCACCCUUUUAUUUUGGAAACAUGAGCUGAAUAUCUUCCACCCAGGUAAGAAGUCCACUUUUAUACUUGCAAACUUCUAACAUCUAUCUUUUCUGGACCUUUUGCUACUCCUAAAUGAUUCCAGUUCAGGGAUCAUUGACAUCACUUUCAAUUUUCAGGUAUACUGUAAAACUAAAAAUCUGGCAGUGAGAGUAGGAUUUUAUACCCUUGUUU